AUGUUAAACGGAAGAGAAAAGAAUGGAGAUUUGAAUAUAAAUUGGAAAGAGUAUGCAUUGGGUGCAAAUCAUUUCAAGAGAAAGACUGUUGGUUUUGGAAAAUAUGAUAAACGUGAAAAGGAAUAUGAAAAGGCAAUACAUAUAAGAGAAAUGUCAAUUAUUCAAGGUGGCAUUGGAUGUGCAAUUUGGGAUGCAGCUAUCAUAUUCUCUAGAUGGGUUUACAAAAACACUCAAGUGUUUGAUGGUCAAAAAGUAUUGGAACUUGGUAGUGGUGUUGGUUUACCUGGUAUUCUUGCUUCAUACUAUGCCGCACAUGUUACUUUGAGUGAUUAUUUACCUCCUUUGAUUGAAAACCUUCAAUACAAUGUAGAUUUAAAUGCUAAACAAAAAAAUGAUGGAUCUGAUGAUGAAGAGGAAGAUGAACAAGAACAAGAGGAAGGAACAACUGAACAAAAAAUUGAUAUUAGAAAUAGAAUUGAUAUUAAAUUAUUAAAUUGGGAUGAAAUUGAUAAUAUUGAAGUAAAGGAAGAAGAUAAAUAUGAUAUUAUAUUUGGUAGUGAAUUAACAUAUAAUGAUGGUAUGUUUUACGAAAUUCUAUCCGAUGAUCGAGAUGGCGUGUCAUACUUUAUCGAAAAGAUGACCCAACUCGAAUUCGCUUCACAUAUCGUUCCAGUACCAUCCCAUUUCCUCGGUAGCUAUGGUACCAAACAAAGAGAGGAAACCUAUAAAUUCUACUCUUUCUAUUACUCUAAAAAUCAAAAUAUCGUUCAUCCAUUUUGUCAAUAA